UUUCGACCUGGCAACCCCAGUCUUGUGGUUUCGGUUCGGUUUGAAGUUGCAGGAUGUUGUUUGAAAGUAACAGAUCUCAUGCUUUUCUCCUGCUUAAUGUCAUGCACACUUUGAGGGAUCUCUAUCAAGCCAUUUCUGCAGGACAGAUGCAAUAAACCUCAACUCCCAGCCUAACACAAUCUCUAGUUUCAUUUUGUUACAUGCAUUCACAUGAUGGAUUCCUAACACAUCACGUGCCUUACAAAUGUCUGUGAGGUCUUCUUUAAAUAACCAUGGAUCUGUAUAGACUUCCACAUUCAACUUAUGUCUUUUUAACUCUGGCACUAUCAUGCAUAUUAAUCAGCCGGUUAUAUUUUCACCAAACACCCACUGUAAGAGUGGCAUCAUUGCAGAAGACCAGAGAUCUCUCCCAGAACGAUACCAAAAACUUUUCAGAUAGCAUUCAUGCAAAUGAAUUUCCGAACCCCUCCACCGGCUGCGCUCUUCCAGAGGAAAAGCGGUUUGAUUGUGCCCGUGAUCGAACUGUCAGUCAGGCGGAGUGUGAGAAACGAGGCUGCUGCUACUUGCCCCUAACCCAGACUGAGUAUAAUGGGCCACCAUGGUGCUUCUACCCUGCAUCAUAUCCAGGCUACAGAAUGGGGCCGCUUUCUCCUACACCUAAGGGUCAAUCAGCCACCCUUUCUCGUGCCACUCCUUCUUACCUGCCCCGAGAUAUCUCCACUCUGCAGCUGGAUGUGAUGAAUGAGGAAGCAGGCCGCUUACAUCUAAUUCUAAAGGAUCCCUCUUCAGCUCGAUAUGAAGUUCCCUAUGUCAAAGUGCCAUCUAGUAAACGUACAAACACGGAAGGCUUCCUCUACGACGUGGACUUUCAGUCAGACCCAUUUGGAUUUGUGGUCCGUCGCAGAUCCAAUGGCCAAGUGCUACUAAACACCAGUGUAGCACCGCUCCUGUUUGCAGACCAAUACCUGCAGUUCUCCACCUCUCUGGCAUCUAAAUACAUCUCUGGAUUUGGUGAACACUACACACACCUGACACUGGAUCUUAACUGGACCUCUGUCACUCUGUGGAACAGAGAUAUGGCACCACAUAGCGAUGUCAACCUUUACGGCUCCCAUCCAUUCUGCUUGGUUCAAGAGGGCAAUGGUCAGGCUCAUGGGAUCUUCCUUCUUAACAGUAAUGCCAUGGAGGUAGCACUGCAGCCCAUGCCAGCGCUGACCUGGGUGACCAUCGGUGGAAUUUUGGACAUCUACAUCUUCUUAGGCCCUGAUCCACAGAGUGUUGUCCGGCAGUACCAUGAGGUUAUUGGUUAUCCCAUGAUGCCACCUUAUUGGUCUUUGGGGUUCCACCUGUGUCGAUGGGGCUACAAUUCCACCAAUGUGACCAGAGCUGUGGUGCAAAAGAUGCAGGAAGCCUCCUUUCCUCUCGACGUGCAGUGGAACGAUCUCGAUUAUGCUGACAAGAAGCGAGUUUUCACCUUUGACCCGCAGAGGUUUGGAGACUUGCCAGAGAUGGUGCAAGAGCUCCAUGAGCAGGGACUGAAGUAUGUGCUUAUUUUGGAUCCAGGUAUCAGUAGUACGAGUCCUCCAGGUUCAUACAAACCUUUCGAUGAUGGACAGCAGCGAGAAGUUUUUAUCAAAAACCUGACAGGACAAACACUUAUUGGCAAGGUCUGGCCUGGACCAACAGCAUUCCCAGACUUUACUAAUUCAGAUGCAGUGAGCUGGUGGGAAGAGUGCAUCAGGGACUUCCAUGCCAAUGUGUCGUUUGAUGGCCUCUGGAUAGAUAUGAAUGAACCUGCUAGUUUUGUUCACGGCUCGGUGCAUGGAUGCCCGUACACAGACUUAGAGAAUCCACCCUAUACUCCAGAUGUUAUAGGAGGUCAGUUAAACUCAGGCACCCUGUGUAUGUCCAGCCAACAAGCACUGUCUUCUCAUUACAACCUACACAACCUGUACGGGCUGACUGAGGCUUUUGCCACCUAUAGUGCGUUGCUGAAAGUGCGAGGCUCUCGACCGUUUGUGUUGUCCCGCUCGUCUUUCCCGGGACUUGGCCGUUUCUCUGGUCACUGGACAGGAGAUGUUCGGAGUGACUGGGAGCAACUGAGAUACUCUAUCCCUGCUGUGCUGCUGUUCGGGCUGUAUGGAAUUCCUCUGGUCGGGGCAGAUGUGUGUGGAUUUGAAGGUGACACUAAUGAAGAGCUGUGUGUGCGCUGGACUCAGCUGGGUGCCUUCUAUCCAUUUAUGAGGAACCACAAUGACAGAAAUAACAUUCCCCAAGAACCGUACGUAUUUGGACAGCGGGCCCAGUUAGCCAUGAACAAUGCGUUGGUGAUCAGAUACACUCUUCUGCCCUUCCUGUACACACUUUUCCACCAUGCACACACCUCAGCCAGCACCGUAGCAAGACCUCUCUUUUUUGAGUUCCCAUCUGAUCCAAAUUGUGUGACGAUAGAUAGACAGUUCCUGUGGGGGAGUUCUCUGCUCAUCAGUCCAGUCCUAGAACCGGGCGUUGUGGAUUUAGCAGCUUAUCUCCCCCCUGAAUUGUGGUACAGUGUUUACGAUGGGAAACCUUACAACAGCAAGGGACAGUAUCUGCUCCUUCCAGCUCCACUAGAUAUUAUUAAUGUCCACGUGAGAGCAGGCAAUAUUAUUCCACUGCAGAUGGCUGCACUGACGACCACAGCCUCACGCAGAAACCCCAUGGUCCUGAUAGUGGCACUCAGCUCACAGGGUUGGGCCAAAGGGGACUUGUUCUGGGAUGAUGGGGACAGCCUAGAUACAUUUGAGCAUGGAGAUUAUUCAUACGUUAUCUUCACGGCAGGACAGUCACAGCUGGUGGGUGAGCCAAUAAAACUGAAUGGAGCGCUGGAUGGUUUAACUGUGGCAGAGAUACGUGUGUUUGGUGUUGCAACGCCACCUACAGGAGUGUGGGCUAAUGGGGAACGAGUGUACAAUUUCUCUUACGAGACUGACAACAAGGUUCUUACCGUGAUUAGUUUGUCCCUGCCGAUCUCAGAGACGUUCACAGUGCAGUGGAGUUGAUGAAUUUCCUGCUGUUCUCUCUCUGUUAAAUGAUGCAAUAAUUAUCAGUGUGUGUUCUUCUUACAUAUGUUUUUUACAAUGUGUAUUUUCUUUAAUGUUUAAAAUGUUGUGCCUGGUGAUUCUUUGUUUACAAAUAAAAAGGAUAUUACAUCUGAUUAAAACAAAAAUCAAGUUAUACUUUAUAUUUUGCUCAUUAUCCUGAAUGGACCAUUUGAAAUGUUUUUGGCAAAAAAACAUCGCCUGGUCUUUUACUAAUCUUCAGCUGUUUAGAAUUAUUUUAACCUUCAUGUUCUUUGCAAAAAAAGAAAAACAAAGAUCUGAAUCAGUCAGUCUUCUGCUCUUGUACAUAUUGUGGUUUGUCUAAACCACUGGAUGAUUUAUUAUCAUUUACUGUGAUCUCUACAGACAAUUAUAUGCAUCUUCCACAUAUUACAUAUAUGUUUGGAAAUGUUGUGCUGCUGCCAGAAGAUUAGAUGCAUGAAUAUGCAGGUGUACAGAUAUUCCUAAUAAAGUAUAUGUCAAUGGUUGGUGUGCAGUGAAUGUAACUUUUGCACCACUUUUGUAUGAUAAUUUAUCAUCGUACCUGUGGAUGGCAGGUGGGAAGUAAUAAAGUACAAAUACUUUGUUACUGCACUUAAGUAGAUUUUUCUGGUAUCA